GGGGCUGGAUGGAGGAGACCCUGUCUGAGCUGAGGUAGAAUUAGGACAGUACCUUCGGUGCACCUCGCUGAGAAGCUCCAGGGUAUGAUGGUGCCUACUUCGGCAGCUCUGCAGUGCACAGCAAAUGAGAGCCGUGAAGCUCCGGGUCAGAUGAGGAGCGUCUGUGAGAAGCAGUUGCAGAUUGAUCCCUCCACCCAUUCAGGCAGACAGGCUCCCUGUCAUCAGCUGACUAGUGAAUCAGGUGUCGGCCACAUUGCAACCUGGGAAAAAUCUGAGACAACAGUCAUUUUGUAUGCUGUGAAUAAUAAAUAUUGGGGUGAAAAUCACAGAAGAAUUUGGAGAAAACCGUCACACACAGAAAUAGCACCUAAUCAAAAGGGAAGCUUCGUUUGGAGCAGGAUAGUGGCACUGACCGGAACAAAGGAUCAAGAAGCCAGGAUAAAUUCCAUCGGUUUUAUUUCCAAUAAUGCAACGCGUUUCGCUGUGCAUGCGCAGCUUCUUCAGGCAUGGCAAGGAACAGGUGACUCCCUCUACGCAGCAAAGACAACCUGCUUUUCUGAAUGUUUCCCAGCAUUUGGACACCUCAUUAGAUCGAGACGCAAGGAUCAGAGUCGACACAUCAUUAGAAGAAAGGCAAGACUGGAGAGCCCCAGUGGUGGAUGGCUAACAGAGCUUGAGAAAAAUUGCAGAGAAUCCCCAAAUCUAGGUGUGCAAACACUGUGGCAUCAUACUCAAGAAGACUGGGGGCUGUAAUCGCUGCCAAAGGGGUUUCAACUAAGUACUGAGUAAAGGUUUUUUCCCAAAGCAAAUUACCAGUAUGGAAAUGGACGUUUGUUUGCAAAAAUGCCCCAGGACUGCAUCCGCCCCCAAGACCACUUCGACCCUCAGAUCUCCUGUUCGGGAGAUUGCAGCAGGAGGGGUUCCGACCACUGGGAUCAGCUACUUAUGCCUUAUCCUGUGGAUAUGGGAUAAGAUAAUUUUCACCGGUCAACCCCUGUAAUAUAGCAAUAAUCUGUAUGCUGUGCUUGUAA